CUCAUCAGCUCCAAAGGAAGCGUACCUAGCUAGCUCUCUUGAGACUCGAGAGCUUAACUUUGUUGUGACUUGUGAGCUCCCCAUGGCUUCGUCCAUUGUCUGGCAAUGCCUUGUUGCUCUCUCCCUCUUCUCCUCCGCCGCCUACGCCUACGGCUACGGCUACGGCUACGGCUACGGGCAAGGCAAUGGCUACGGCGGCACCGGCAACGAUAAUGGCUACGGGAACGGGCAGCUGGAUCCCAAGUUCUAUGAGAAGAGCUGCCCUCCUCUUGGGAUCAUCGUGCGCGUGAGCAUGCUCAAGGCCGUCCUCACGGAGCGCCGCAUGGGCGCAUCCCUCCUCCGCCUCUUCUUCCAUGACUGCUUUGUUCAGGGCUGUGACGGAUCCAUCCUCCUGGACGACGUGCCGGCGAGCAACUUCACCGGCGAGAAGACCGCCUUCCCCAACGUCAACUCCGUCCGCGGCUUCGAGGUCAUCGACGAUAUCAAGAGGAACGUGGAGCACGUCUGCCCGGGCGUCGUGUCCUGCGCCGACAUUCUCGCCUUGGCCGCACGGGAGGGCACAGUUCUGCUCGGCGGGCCAAGCUGGGCGGUGCCGCUGGGCCGGCGGGACUCGACGACGGCGAGCCUGGACGGGGCCAACAGCGACCUCCCGGGGCCGGCGCUGAACCUGACCGAGCUCAUCCAGUCGUUCGCCAACAAGAGCCUGAGCCCGCGCGACCUCACGGCGCUCUCCGGCGCGCACACCAUCGGCUUCUCGCAGUGCGUCUUCUUCCGGGACCACAUCUACAACGACACCAACAUCAACCCCGCGUUCGCCGCGGGGCUGCGGCGGAGCUGCCCCGCGCCGGCGGGCUCCGGCGACACCAACCUGACGCCGCUCGACGCGCAGACGCGGUUCGUCUUCGAUAACGCCUACUACCCCAACCUCCUCGCGCGGCGGGGCCUGCUGCACUCCGACCAGGAGCUCUUCAACGGCGCCGCCCAGGACGAUCUUGUGCGGCAGUACAGCGCCGACAGCGCGCUCUUCUUCGCCGACUUCGUGGCCGCCAUGAUCAAGAUGGGGAACAUCACCCCGCUCACGGGAAGCGCCGGCGAGAUCAGACGCAACUGCAGAGUCGUCAACAGCAGCUGAGAUCAGACAAUAUUUCCCGCCUCUCAGACUUUCAGGUUGCGGAGCAAACAACGUACGGAAAAGCAAGGAAUGCAUCUUAAAAAGUUUGUAUAACUGUAAUUUUUAUUUUCGUUUAAGUCUCACCUCUGUAAUAAGCUCAUUGUACGCCGAGAAUUUUCUGUCAUCCACCACUGUUGUUACG